UGCACUGUGUCCCUCGGAUCACUGAUCAACAGAAAGAUGUUGGCUCGGUCAUGGGACAUGUACACAGAUCAUCAGAGAACUGAUGAUCAGUGUGCCCUGAUGAUCUGUGUAGCCGCAACAGUGCCACCUGUCAGUGUCCAUCAGUGCCAGCUGUCAGUGCUCAUCCAUGCCACCUGCCAGUGUCCAUCAGUGCCACAUUUCAGUGCCCAUCAAUGCCACAUCAAUGCCACAUAUCAGUGCCCAUCUGAGCUGCCUUUCAGUGUCACCCAUCAGUGCCAGUCAGUGCCUUCUAUCAAUGCCAGCCAGUACCACCUAUCAGUGCCAGUCAGUGCCGCCUAUCAGUGUGCAUAAGUG